AUGAAUAAGAAUUUAUUAUGUUUAUUACUCGUUCUCUUGUUGAGUCUUGAGUUAAUCUCGAUUACACAUGCUCAAGCCACACCAAAGCCAAGAGCGCCUAGAGUGGUCAAGAUUCAAGUUGACAAGGGUAGUUGGUUCGAGGUGAUGGCCCAAACGACCAACAAAGUCUAUUCAACACCUGCUGUAUACUUCCAAGACCUCCCAGCCGAUGGUGCCAAGUUCAUGGAGGGCUUGAAGGCGGCAAUGGUGGCACUCACAGCAUGCACACCAACAGAUUGUCCAAAUGCAGUCAACGCGAUCAACACAAUGAUGGCAACGUUUAUCGACAAAUCAAGUUCGACCCAGUUCAUCGACAGUUGGUUCAUGAAUGAUCUGAGAGGAGCUGUUGGCAAAACGUUGGAGUCAAACGACGCUGCACAAGUCAAGAUCAGGUUUCGUGGUACCAGUUCACUCUUGGCUAAUCUUGCAAAGAGUGUCGAGAGUCAACUCAAACUCAACACAGAGACAACUCGCAAGACUGUACGCACAGCAUUCAGAGCACUCGAGAGCAAUCUACGAAUGAUCAUCGACACCAACUUUGAUCCGAACCCAAAACACCUUGCAGAACUGCCUCAAUACACCAUGGCAGCCACUUUCUACUUUAUGAUUCAGUCACAGUUCCAGAGGUUCGCCACUCAAUGGGGAUUCGACAGCACUGUGAUUGAUGCUCAAAGUCGGAACUUGAAGACAUGUCUGGUCAAGUACUCCAACCAUGCUCGUGACACAUUUGAAUUGGCUGUCUCCAAGAUUGCACUUGAGCCCGAGGAAGGUCCGAUGGCUGGACAGAACAAGUUUGAUCGAGUGAUACAACUCCGUCGCACAAUCAUCCCUGCCGUGUUUGACUUUGUCGCCAUGUGGUCGCGCAUGGAUGGAUCGGUGUUCCCCUCUGGCAGUUAUGCAGAGCCCAUUCGCAAGUUGUACUCACCGACUGCUGGCUUCCUCGUGGAUUGGCAAGCAGUCGACAAAGUCCAUAGCAAACAAUAUGAACCGGACUAUAUCACUUAUCAAAGAACGGAGGAGAUGUUCCAACAUGCCAACCAUGAACAGUACCUUGGACAACUCAUUCAGGUCAAGUUCAUUCAAAACUACUAUUAUUUGCAUUCAAUUGGUCCAAAGUCUAUGCAGAGAAACAAGAUUGAUACGAUCGAGACUGGUGGAUCUCGAGGUAACAGUCCACAGGGUAAAGCAAUAGGAGGACUUCCCGCUGGUAUCAUAACAUUCAAGUUAAGUCCAACCCUCAACGACCAGAACAUCUCACUAGUGAGCGAAGCCUUCCCCUUGAUGAUUGCAUCCACCAAUCCAGGACCAAAAAAGAUUGAUUUGCAUUUCCAUGGCAUUCCAAAGAGGAGACCAGGAUGUUGGCUGCAUGUUGAACUGUUAGAACAAUACGAAUACUGCGUAUUUCCAGAAGAUUGGGAGGUGCCAUACAAGGACAACACAGACUUCUCAGUGACUGGCCACAAGAUCACUGACAUCUUCGCAUGGUACAUGACCAUUAGAUCUGAAGAAAUAGGUACUGCCGAUGUGAUCCAAGCAGCCUUCAUCCCAAAGGAGGUAUUUCCAGAGAAUGCCCUGCUCCCAAAGGUGACCACGAUGAUCAAUGCCCAGAAAUAUGUCACCAGUAAUGGAAACGUUGGCCUUGUUCGAGAUGACUUCAUGAUUGGAUCACAUUCAAUGAAGAUGCCAGCAGGUAGCGCUCUGAUGUUCUACUUUGAAGCAUCAGGAGCAGAUAGAUCAUUCAACAUUGGACUCUUUGCCAAGGCACCUGUCAAUCCUGCGUCAGUAUCAAUCUUCCGUCAAGUUGGCUCAGCAAGCAGAACAUUGAUCACAACAAUCUCCAUUCCAAUGUCUGAUGAUUACAAGUCAUACAUUGAUAUUAGUACUGUUGUUCCCAUCAAGAAGGAUCCAUACACCACGAGAGAGAGCUUUACAAUCGAAACCAAUACCGUCAUCUAUUUGAACUCUGUCAUAUUCAGUCCAUUGCCAGUUGUCUAA